AUGGCAACCAUGGCAUCUGCUGUUCGCGAUAUCGCUACGACCUCCCUCGGCCGAGACAACUUAACUGCUGUAGCGGCCCGGAGCGUCCCUGUGACGGCAACUCACCCGACUCCCCUCCCUACUCCUCCCAACUCCAUAUCCCCUACACUGCCUCCCCAUGGGCUCAAGGCCCAGCUUCAGAGAGCUCGGAUGGACCAACACGUCGACUCGGAUCUGGACCUCCAUGGCGAUCACGACACCGAUCAUCACGAUAGUGUCGGUUCGCCCCCCUACGAGUCGGCCGGCAUCAACGCCGCCAUGUUGGCCAAAUUCCAUCUACCAGAGAUCCUCUUGAACCACGGUCCGCUUGCGAUCCGUCAUAUCAUGGGUUAUCUCACGAGCUCCAUCCCUGGCUUUGCUGAGAUUCCUCCGACAAAGGCUCGGAGGUUAGUUGUAGGUGCUUUGGAAGGUCGAGGAAGCGGAGGCGAAGGCGGCGGUCUGGACGGUGACGUACAAUUUGAGAAGGUGGGCUGGGGAAUAUGGCAAGCCAGGAAGCGUGGCCAAUCCUCUGGGUAUACGGCAGCACGCCGAGCGUCGCCACAUGGUGACGGUCAGCCCGCAAGCAUCCCCAUCGCCAGGAAUGGCGGUUGGAACCUGGAUCGCUUGCGCAUCGAAGCCGCUGGUUCUCUCGACGGUGAAUCUUGCGCGGCAUUCUCCUUUGACGAUCGGUCUAUGCACAUGAUGGACCAUGAAGCGGACAGGAUGUCCCUGGAUGGUUCGGCGUCAGCUUCCUGCUCAGAGGCACCCGAUGACGAUGAUGAUAUCGCCAUGGAUGACGACACGGAAGACGCGACAGACGAUGAAGACUGGGCCGCUGUUGGUGCGGCUGCGCUUCGUGCGACUUCAUACCAAGCGCCAUCAGACCGGUUCCUCAACGCGAACAACGUCUACGCUGCUAGUGGCCUGCGGGGAUUCUCUUCAUCAGUGGGGAUGGCACGCUCGCCACAAUUCCACAACUUCAACUUUCCAACAACACCCGCAUUGACGACCCCGCCAGAUGCGCAAGAGAGGGAGGCCGUUGAGGCCCUCCUUCGACUUGGAUCUGUAUAA